AUGCCGAAGAAGGUGUGCAUCGUUGGCGCCGGACCCUCUGGCCUCGUGGCUGCCAAGUCGCUGCUCCACGAUGCGCCCAAUACCUUCGAUGUGACCUUGUUUGACUCCCAGACUCGGAUUGGCGGCCUCUGGCCCUCGCACAAAGACGACAGCACCGGCCUUCUCCAUCCUCGCAUGCUAGCCAACCAGAGCAAGCACACGGUCCAGUUCAGUGACUUGGCUUGGCCCGAGGACUCUCCCCAGUUGCCCCGGGCAUGGCAGGUUGGCCAAUAUCUUGACCGCUACCUCCAAGCAUACUGCUCUGAGGCAAAGCUCAGACUAGGAACCUGCGUCAAAACUGCUGAGCCUCUUGCCACGGAUGGCUUAAAAUCCGGCUGGCGGGUGAAGACGUGCUCUCUCGAGGGAGAGGUGAAGGAAGACGUCUUUGACUACCUAAUAGUCGCGUCUGGUUUUUUUGGCAGGCCAGCACUGCCAUCUCUGGCUCACGGAGACCAUGAAAUUCCAGUCAUACACAGCAGCCAGUACCGCGACCUCGAACGCCUCCUCGGGAAACAUAGUGGGCCAGGGGGCAAGAUCUUGGUUGUUGGCGGCCAGAUGUCUGGUGUCGAGAUUGCAGGCACAAUCGCCUCGCAUCUUUCCUCCGCGGUUCAUUCCCCAGGACCAAGCCCGAUUCCCAAUCCGGAGAAGUACAGCGUACACCACCUCAUCCAGCAGCCGGUCUGGGUGAUCCCAUUGCACACGUCUCCGAAGCCUACAGCAUCUGCCCCCCCAUUCCUACCACUCGACCUGAGCUCAUACAACCUCUCCAAUAGAGUCCACCCCCUGACGAAUUCUCAAGGGCACAUCUCGCUGGAAGCAGCUAAGAUUACCCAUUCCCUCUACCAAACCGCCCUCGGGACCAACCAAUCCAUUUUCUCACCAGCGAUUACGGUUUCCGCUGCGGAUACCGACAAUCCUCCGUACCUUGCCGUUAGCGACAAUUACAUGGAUUUUGUCCGCUCCGGCCUCAUCUCCGUGUCCCGCGGCAAACUGGAGUCUCUCUCGGGCCGUGUGGCGAUGAUGUCGCCAUCUGGCGAGCAGAUCAGCGACGUUGCUGCGGUGGUGCUCGCAACAGGCUUUGAAGCCUCCUCGUCCAUCUCGUUCCUUCCUGAGCCGAUUCAAGAGACGUUGUCUUUGAAACAGUCCGACCUGAACAACACCGUUGCGCUAGCUUUUCACGGCACAUACCAUCCCCGGGUCGCAAACCUUGGCUUUGUUGGCUUCUACCGCUCGCCCUACUGGGGCAUCAUGGAGAUGCAGGCUCGCUUUCUCGCAACCCUUUGGGCAUCGGGUGGGCCGUCCGCGCCUUCUUUACCCCCAGCAUUGAAGGAGGCUUUGAGCACGGAUACUUCUAUUGAGCGGACUGUCGGCCUCCGCUCUGAUCCGCGGGCGUCUCAGUUUCCGAUGGGCGACUACGCUUGGCUUAUGCAAGAGUUCGCGGCAGCGCUGGGAGUGGAGCGCGUUCCGCACCCGGGCAAGAUGCCCCGGCUGCCGCCCGCAGACAAGGAGAUGAAUAUUCUGACGCCGGCUCGGUACCCAAGCAAAACACUGACCGAGUUUCAGCAAGCGCAAGUUGCCAAGUCUCUCAAACAAACCGAAACCACGGCCUGGGCUGGCGUGACUUUAGCCAAGUUCGUGGCGAGAGCGGUGUUCCGCUCCCUCCUCGGCGAGUGGAAGCUCGAGCGCGACCUGAUCAGCAAGCUUCCCAGUCACCCCAGUGGGCACUUCACCGGGACUGCCAAGUUCCUCCUCAGGGACGGGACACGAGAUGGACGCGAGUCAGAGUUUGACCGCCUCAACAAGGACGGCGAUCCCGGGCUGGAGUACCUCUACAUCGAGGAGGGCGACUUCAGAGCCACAAACGGGCUGACCUUCCGUGCUACUCGGCGGUACGUCUGGCGCUACAGCGAGGAAAAGGACAAGGUGAGCGUGUGGUUUGUCAAGACGGAUGAUCAGAAUAGGGCCGACUACCUCUUCCACGAGGUCGACUUCGUGGUGCCAAAGAGCGGCAAGCAGGACGGAGAGGACGGGAAGGGCUGGGAGGCGACCGCAGGCCACUUGUGCAUUGACGACUUUUACGACGUCAGGUACCUGUUCAACUUCAAGGCCGUCAACCUGCGGGACUGGGGUUUGGCGUACACGGUCAAGGGGCCAAAGAAGGAUUACAAGAUCGACGGGGUAUACAGUCGGUAA